CGGGAGGAGCCGAGGAGGGGACAAGAUGACUCUCUGGACCAGCUCCCGCGUGCCUCUAGGCCUCAGGGCUCUUUCCACCUUCUUGAGGAGUGUGAUGAGGAUGACUCAGGAGGCUGGGUCAGGCGCUGGAGCAGGAGGGGGAACGGGCGGGGCCGUCCGGGACGCUGGGGGCGCCUUGGGCAAGAGAGCCGUCGUCCAAGAGGAACAAUACUUCAGGAGGAAGGAACAAGAGGCGAUGGAGGACCUACGCGUAAAGCUGGAGAAGAGCGAGAACAGCGUCAAGGAGACCACUUUGGACGUCUACCUUGAGAAGAUCGGCUGCCACGAGAAACUCGUGGAGGAGCACCGCCAGCAGGCUGCUUUCCACCGCAGUAUCAUCAUUACUCACAAGGGUAAAGUCGAAUACCACGAGCAUCAGAUCUCAGAGCACCAGCGGGCCAUCACCAAGCUCCAGGAAAAAAUGCGUAACCUCAGCUUACCUGGAGCUACGCAAGAUGCGUAACCUCAGCUUACCUG